UUAAUUAAAAUUUUAUAGAUUUAUAGUUUAUUUAUAAAUUUUUUAGGAAUAAUGAAAAGGAAGAACUCGCAAGAAAGCUAAAUAGCGGAAUUGCAAAAAUAAAUACAGUUUCUUCAAGAUGAAUUAGAGGGAAAAACACUCGAACUAAGCAGUAAAGUAGAGCUGAUUAAGGUGUUCUCUGAAAGAGAGCGAUAAGCAUUAGAAAAAAAAGAAUUGUAUAAUAAAGAAUCUCUUUAGUACAAGCAAGAAAAUUAAGAACUGUUACAAGUUAUGGAAGGAAUGAAAAGAGAAAAGAAAGAAUUAAUUUAAAUUUAUGAAGCAAAGAAGAAAUAAUAUGAAGAUUAAAUGUCAGAAUUAACUAAAUAGCUUCAAGGAUAAUCAAAAAAGAUGAGCAAGAUUUCUGGCAAACUAGAUUUAGAGGAAGAUAUAUUUUAACUGCAUAAUACAAUUAGGUCGAAAGAAGAAGUAGUCUAAAUUUUAAAUGAGGAUAUUAAUCUUUAGAAAAGCAAUAUCUUAAGGUUGGAAAAGUAGCUGCAAGAGCUGAAAGAUGACAAUAUUGAACUUCAUUAGUAGAACUUACUUUUCAAAUAGGAGUGCGAUUAAAGAAUUUAAAAAUUGAGAGAAGAUCAUUUGUAUGAGUGUAGCAACUUCUAAGAAGAAAUAGAAAAAUUAGUUGAUAAAAUAAGGGAUUUAUCAAAUGCUAAUAAAUAGCAAGAAUAGAAAUUAGAAUAAUACCAAAAAAUUUAAUUUGAUUUAGAGUAGUCCAAAAUAAAUGAUUUAAGCGACAGUGAAAUAGUUCAGGAACUUAGAUAAAAGCUUGAAGACGUUCAAAUAGAAAAAGAAAUCUAAACUAAUAAAUACAAUAAUGAACUUAAAUGCUUAAAAGAAAUAUAAAAAGAUUUAAUUUAAGAAAAAGAAAUUCUAGUGAAAAAAUGUGAAGAGUAAGAAAAUUAGAUAAAGCAACUGCAAGAUAAAUGCGAUUAAUAGAGUGCGUUAAUUAAAUUACGCUAAGUCUAACAACAGCAAUAAUAAUAGCCCUAAUAAACUCCUCCUGCAAGUAAUAGCCAUAGUAAUAAUAUAGAUCCAGCUAAUUUAAAAAGAGAGAAGAAGAUUUUAGAAGCACUCAGUGCUAGAGUUUAAGAUCUUUCUGAAGAAAAUUAAAAUUUAAAAUAAUCGAUCUAAGACUAAUCAGCGAUAAACAACCAAUAUGAAUAAAAACUGAAAUAAAAAUCACAAAUAAUACUUAACAUAAUAUAAGAAAUAAGAAACACAUAUCCUCAAAUAUCUGAAUAAAAAAUAUAGGAGAUAUCUGAGAUAAAUAAAGAGGUAAUUUAAAGCUUUAAAUCUUAUUCAAUGGACGAUUUGUUCUCAUUGGUAGAGGAUUUAUUUAUAGAAAAUUAAAAAACAAAGUAGUAAAUCAGAGAUGUUCUACUUAAAUAGUAAUAAAAAUAAUAAUCACCUCAAUGA